CAGUUAUACACAAGAAGCAGGACUCGCUUGAGCUCAUCCAAGGUUAUAUUACAUAUUUAGAAGACCCUGAGUCAUUAAUAAUACUCUUGAGUUUUAGGAUAUGAAUGUACCAGUAUCAGCAAAUCACCCCCAGAGCUAUGCUAUCAUCCAAGGAAACCAGCCCUCGAUUCUUACCUCUGCUGCCUCUUCAACUGCACAAUUGCAGCAGUCUCAGCCUCCUGGUGGUGGAGGGGGUGAUGUUCACAUAUGUGGAACAUGUGGGUCGCAUUUUACUGAAAUUAAGGAAUUUGUUGCUCACAAACAACAAGGAUGUCAAAACAGCAGCAUUGUUGGCACACAAGGAAGUAUAGCACAGCCCCAGUUGUCCUCGUCAACUACAAUUCAUCAGCCACAACCACCUCAUGGAUCUGUGCAAAUGGGUGUGCCUGUGGGCAUGCCUCAUGUCAUCCUUCAGACAGCUUCAGGGCCCCCACAGAUGUACCGUAUUGUCCUGGAGCCAAGUGUCCCAACUUCUUCUCCAGGAGUUUCCAUGCAAGCCUCCACACCCAUCCUUGCUCAGGCUCUUUCUGGAGGUCCUGUGGCACAGCUCUCUCACAGCCCAGGACAGCAUACAUCACAUAAUCAUCAGAGUCCUCACCAGCAGCAGGAUGUAUCAGUAAGCCAGAUGGUAAGUGCCAAUACAUCAGCCACUUGUGUCUCAGCUGGCACACUUCUGCAGCUAGCACAUGUUGGAGACACUUGGCACUCUAAUAGUGGGGCAGCAAUGGCCUCAGGAGGAACUGUAGAAAAUGAUGGAAGCAGUUCAAUGGAAGGAGCAGCUCCAGGAAGAGAACUAGUUGAACGGUCAUCAGGAGGAGGACCUGUGGAGAACAGUGCAAGUGGAGUGGUUACUGGGAGCUCAACAGUUGCAGAUGGUACCACUGUUAUAGAAAAUGAAAGUGAAGGAACAAAUGCAGCUUCAAGUAUGCACACUGAAGAAGAAGAUGUAGCUACAUUUUUAGCUACACAACUUGCAAGCCAAGCUGCCCCACCACAGACUACUGCAGUGGCCACAGAACACCUGAUAUCAAGUGUUGUGAAUGGAGUGCCCAGUGAUGCUCAGUUACACUACACUUCUGCUCCAACACAAUCACAUCAGCAUCAGCCUCAGAUGCAGCUUGGUCUGCACCAGCAUCAACAAUUGAUGGACACAUACAGUGGUGGAAUACGGUCAUCGGGUUUGAACAGAAGGCAGCCAAAGACAGCAACGUUGGAUGAAGCCACACAGGCAGCUGGUGUAGAAAGCAAGGUUGAGAGUCAUGGUACCACACCAAAGGAGGUGGUGAUACAUGAUGGAAUUCGCAAAGAAAAGGUAUGCCCAGUGAAAGACUGCUUUUUUAGCACAUCAAGCAACAAGGAUUUGAAUCGCCAUAUUCGCAAACACACAGGUGAGAAACCCUAUAGAUGUGAUGAGUGUGGCACGUGCUUUUCUCGUGGUGACAAGCUUAAAGUCCACCGAAGGAUCCACACAAAUUCAAGACCAUAUUUAUGUGACGAACCUGGAUGCCAAUAUAGAGCCAUUGAUUCAGGCAGUCUUCGGAAACACAAGAGAACACAUACCAAUGAACGUCCAUACAGAUGUCAACUAUGUUCUUAUAGUGCUAGGGAUGGAUCUCAGCUAACCGUGCAUCUCAGAACUCAUACAGGCGAUACACCCUUUCAAUGUAUGGUUGAGAACUGCUCUGCGGCUUUUAAGACAAGUUCAGAUCUCCGACGGCAUGAGCGCCUUCACACAGGUGUUAAACCAUAUAAGUGCACAGCAUGUGAUUAUGCUUGUGCCAUAAAAUCUAAUUUGACAGUCCACAUGAGACUCAACCACUUUCAGGGAGCAAAGUUCAGCUGUACCAAGUGUGAUUUCCUUGGAAAUAGUCGCAAACAACUAAAGGAACAUGAGAAAACUCAUGCAAAUGUGCUUAUACAGUGUGAACUCUGUGACCAUGUGAGUACUAGUAGCACUGGUCUUCGACAGCACAUGUUGAUACAUUCCCAGGAGAAGCCCUUCCAAUGUCGCUAUUGUUCAUUUACCUGCAAAACUACAGGCAACUUGCGAUAUCAUGUACGUAACAAGCAUGGAUGUGAUGUCUCUGGACGGAAGAAAGGAAAUGUUGCCAGUGGAAUGACAGGAGGAAGAGGUCGAACAGCCACAGGUGCUGGAGGAGGUGCAGGACGCAGAACGGGUCGACCAUCAUGCUACAGAAGCUUCAAAUGUGGUGAUUGUGGGAGUGGCUUUGUGAGGGAGGACUCCUACAGGUCUCAUAUGCGACAGCAUCAAAAGCAUAAAGUCGCUCAGGCUAUAACUGGGAAGAUGGAACCAGAUGUUUUCAGUGUAGUUGUUCAGGAUGAAAAUUUGUUAGGUGUUGAGCAGUCUACUAGCACAAGAGAGGGAGAGACACUACAAUCUGGAAGUAUUGCUCAAAAUUCAGUCCCAGGUAGUGCAUCUACCCAAACUAAUGAUGGCACUGUCAAUGGAUAUAGUUCAUAUGUCAUAACCAUUGAUGGCAUAUCAACAGUGUUUUCAAACCCAGUGCGUAUAGCAGGAAGUACAGUGAGCACAGAGACUGGGGAACAGAUUCCUGGUACAGUAGAAGUCAUCACUGGGGACCUGAUUACUUCUUCAGGACACAAAGGAACAGCAGGACCUCCACCAUAUGACUUGGAUGCAGAAAAUAGAGUGUCAACUUCCCACCAUGGGUAUAAUUUGUCCCAGGAUAACAAGACUGAUAAGAACCAGGCCAUAUAUAGCAUUGCACCAGAGGACAAAGGACACCAAAACCACUCUACAUUUGGCCACUCAGGUGUACAGAGUCAUGGUGGUUCAAGUGCAGAGUACAUCACCCACACAGCCUCACAGCAAGAGCUCCAGCAGGUGGUUCUGGUUCAGCAUCAUCCCCAACCAGGCAUGGAGGGCAACCUGGAGCACUCUAUACAGGUCCACAAUCUGUCUGGGAAGGCACCAAAAUCAGAGGAAGUUUAGAGGCCAAGUUAAAAUGAUACAUGUUGGUGUUUCACUGCUAAGUGCUUAUGAAAGUCUAUUUAGAUUUUAAAAAAUGGACAUGGAUGCAUACCCUGAUCCAUAAGCUCAUAUACAUGCAUUCACAGAUUUCUCUCUGUAUUUUUUUUUCUUUCUCAGUUUUUCAGUUACACACCCAUCAUACUCUUUGCAUCUGGUAUCAUAAUUCCUCAUUAACUCAUAUAUUCAGCAGCACACUAAUGUGUACAAAUUCAGACUUACUUGAGUAGUGAAGGGUAAUCAGUUUAUUUUUCUUAUGGAUUUUUAAGAUCUCUGUAAAACAUGCAUAUCAGAUUCAGUCACUGAUGCUUUUAAUUUCACUUAUACGCUAGAGAAAAAUGUUUUGUUAGUGAAAAUACUUAUAUUUUGUGAUAUAUCUAUUAAAAGAAAAGAAAUUAUACAUGCAUGCAUCUUUGUCCUUUUUUAUUUUAAAAAACAAGAUGUAAUUUUCUUAAAGGAAUUUUAGAUAUUUUAUAUUGUACCUAAAGCAGAUCAUGUAUAUUUAAAACAAGUUCCUCAUGCAGUAAGAAUUACAUGGUAAUCACUGAAGAUUAAAGGAUUUAUGCAGCUUAUUUUAACAUGUUUACCAUAACUCUACAAGGAGAGGAGUGAUAGUGGGAAUGAAUAUGUAGCUUAUGAAGUAUUAUGUUAUAAUGUCAUCAUCCUUUGGAGAGGGCAUUGAAAAUUUUACCAGCUCAUGUUGCAUAUGAGUAAAGACAAUUUUGCUUAAUUUUCAGUUGUUUGUGGUUAAAUCUAUUGUAAUGCCUGACUAGUGACUUGAAGUAGAAACAUUUUAGGAUUUAAGGAAGUGGAAAGGUAUAUGUGGCAGAAAAUGGGUCAGGUUCCCAAAGCUUUCGAAGAUCUAAUAGGGUUUGUGACACUUCUUUCUUGGACCUUACAUGACAUAUAUAAACCAUCGGGAAACUGUGCAACAUUAAACAUAAUUUCAUAAAUCAUUAUGGAGGGAUAUGCCACAAACUUGUAUGAAUAGUUAUGUUUCGUGGUUAUUUACCCAUUCAUGAUAGAUGAAAUUUUAGAUAAAGUUUGGUGAAGCCAGAGUGCAUCAGCACAUCUCCACACACUAGGGCUAUUGUCCAGCUUAUGACUGGGACCUAGAAUUAUGACAUGAUAGGAUGUCAGCUGAUGCAAAGGGAUUAAAAUGAUCAUCUGAUGAAUGCUUUCUUUUAAUUUUUCAAAUGCAGACAUGAACUGUAAAUGUAAAAGGCUAUAGAGGCUGCGAAUUAUCAGGCUGUAACUUUUUUUUUUUUUUUGGAAAGGGAUCAGAGGGUAGUGUGAGUUUUAACCCCUUCCCGACAGGUCAUGCCGUGAGGCAUCGAAACAAUCCGUUCGAUCUGUGGUGUGCAGCUUUACGCUGUGACAGUGCGCCAAAGUGCUACGAGCCAGUGAUUCAGCUUUAUGUACCGAGCUCCUGCACUCAGAAGAGCAUAGUUUUUUUUGUUUUUUUUUUUCUCUUCUUUUCUUUUCUCUUCUCUUCUCUUCUCUUCUCGUCUCGUCUCGUCUCGUCUCGUCUCGUCUCGUCUCGUCUCGUCUCGU